AUGGCGGUCAAGUACAAUUGCUUGCUUGCAGAGCUGGUAAAUAUAGUCGCCCCGCGCCGGGAAAAGACUGGAGCAGUGGACUGGCCCGUUACCACGGUACCGCGGCCGCCGGCAGUCCGGCAGUCGGGCAGGGGCACCGGUGGCUUGCCCACAGCAUUCACGCGAUCCAUCGCCUCGUUAUCAAGCAUCACCAUUACGCACAGAGCUAUAACGGUUCGAGAUAUAUUACAUUACUUUAAUAACAAUAGACACCUACUGUGUGUU